GCAUACACACCAUUUAUCACUUUGAUAAAUACGCGCUGCUGACCACAUAAAUUCAAUAACAUGUACUUGCAACAAAGUAAGCGAGCAGAACUUUUGGCGGUGGUGAGCAAUUCACAGAAGCGCAUACGUAUACGUACACAGGCAUCAGGCAUCAGCCCACAGUGGACAGCAGCCAUAUCGCCCAUUCAGCUAAGCAGCCUUGAUGCACUGUAAUCUAAUGCAAAUCUGGCGAACGAUUGUCACACACAUAUACAUACAAUUACGCAGAUGAUAUGAAGCCUGAUUGCGACAUUAAAAAUAAAAUGCUAUACAUAUGCGUUGUGUUGUGAUAAUUUCACACACACCUUGUGUCUAGCGUAUACACAGCUUCACUGCGUCACUGUCUCAGUGUCUGGCUGGACGAACGUGCUACACUCACGCCUUGCAUCACGCGUCUGCUCGUGCGCGUUUGUGCACGUUAUGUGUGUUUAAAUCAAACUGAGAAGUAUUUAAUAAAUUAAUUCCUGUUGUUGUCGUUUGCUGCGACAACUGAGACAUCUAUCACGCCGAGCAGCAACAACAGCAACAAAGUUGGAUGGUGUGACAAGUAAAGCUCGCCAUCGUACCACGCGUCGCUUUCAGAACGAGUCGGCGUCGACGACGACGACGACGACGCUGGCAACACCAUCGAUUUGGGAAUAAGUAUUAGAGCGAAACUCGCAUACAACACCUACAAAUGGCAAGCGAAACAAUUUAUUAAAUAGUGUCAUUCGGCUGACGGUUGGUGUUUUUAGAAGCAGUGGCUGCUGAUUGGUUUGGUGGCAUCAAGGAGGUAUAUAACUAUAUGGAUGUAUAAAAAAAUAAGCAAGCGCUUGGUUAUUCAAGAUUUCGCGGGCUGCAGAGAUUUUUCAAACUGGCCAUAUGAAUGGUGAUUUGCGUCGAUUUGUUAGGGACCCUGUCACCAGCGUCCAACGUUCCGUUGCUGAUGCGAGUGCUAAGUGCAAAAAAGUGUUAAUUUCGAGCAGCAGCAACGACAGCAGCAAGAAAAGUUGUUGCAAAAUAUAACUAAUUACAAAAAGAACAAGUGAAAAGUGAAAAUCAAAUACUUCUUGCUCACACAUUUCCCUUUGAGCUGACGGACGACGGCUAUACGCUCAUCAUCAUAAAUUACCCAAAGUAUAUUUACGAGUAUUCAUAUAUAUAUAUAUAUUAAAUACAUAUAUACAAGUGUAAGAGUAGUGCAACAUACAUAUGUACAUAAGUGUUUGUGCAGGUGUUUGUGAAUAAUUUUAUGUGUAUAUUAUAUAUAUGUGAAUUUGUUGUGCGUAUGUUUGUAUGUAUUGAGGCAUCAUGAAAAUGUCUGAGGCACAACGGACGGGUAUAAAAUGAAACCAAUUGCCAGAACUCAUCGCGUUGGGUACACUAAUGGCUGCAAGUUGGCGAAUUCCACAGCGAAUAGAAACAGAGGAGCAGCAACAAUAACAAUAAGAACAAAAAUAAAUGAAGCAGCAGCAACAGCAAUAGCAACUAAGUGUUUACAACAAAAGCAAAAACUCGAUCGAAUUCCAGAAGGUGCAAACAACAAUCAAGAAAACCAAAGUACAGCGACUAAUAGUGCAGCGACACAGAGGCGCAGUGCACAACGACAACGAAAACAACAACAAGAACACCAGAGAAAAUUACACCAGAAAACCAGGCAACAACAGCAAGGGCAACAUAAACAUCAGCUGCGAAGUGUAAAAGGCCGCCGUUUGGCAGUCUUCAGCACAUUAUGACGCGCUGCAGCAACGCAAACUAUUUGCCUGCAGACGUGGAGACGUUGAACGCUGAAGGACGUCGACAACGACAGCGAGAACGACGACUACGACAAGCCGUCGAACUGGUCACCGCCACAAACGCAAAUUUGCGCGAGGACGCGCGCAUUUACAGCAUGACAAAUCAGCCAAAUUGUAACGAUAUCUUCAUUUCAGCGCCGAUUGUAGCGACUGUAGACAACAACAACAGCAAUAACCACAGCAGAAACAGUCCCAGUGCAUACGGCAAGCGCAUUCUUUGUGCUAGCUUCCCUUUUGCGCCAAUAGCAACACUUGCAGCAGCAACAAAGUACGCUGCCACCGACGCCGGCAAGGUGAGCACAUUAACGCCAACUCCCGUCUCCGCGCAUUACUCCACCGCUGCAACGCAGAAACUCCACGUUAACCAAGAAGACUGUAAAAUAACGCCACAAAAGCAUGGUGCCACAAGAGCUGUGUCGCAGCAGUUUGCUUAUGCAGCAACAGACAGCCGCGCCGAUCACCAGCACCAACGAAGUCGGCAUAAUUUAGUCUUAAGUCGCGCUGUGCCACUUAUUUGUUUGUUAUUUGCGCUAUUCGCACUUCCCUCGCCAUGCCAGAGUCAACGUCUGUCAUCGGCGAGCACUUAUAUCUCGCCCUCUCUCGGUCCAAGUAUGUCGGACGAACUCGUAGCGCAUUACAGUGUUUUGGCUUUUCCGCGUCGGCGCUCUUCUGCAGGCGCAGAUGGCAUCACUGGGCUUAUGCAGUCUCGUGCUGUGGAUACGAGCGCCCAGUUCGAGGUAUUGGAGGGUCAACCGCGGGGCACGGUGGUGGGUUUUAUACCGACCAAACCCGAUUUCACAUACCGCUUUAAUGAGCCGCCUCGUGAGUUUACGCUCGAUCAUGUGACGGGUGAGAUAAAGACAAAUGUGGUGUUAGAUCGUGAGGGCGUGCGGGAUCGAUACGACUUGGUCGUACUUUCCUCACAGCCCACCUACCCGAUUGAGGUACGUAUUUUGGUGUUGGAUUUGAAUGAUAAUGCGCCGGAGUUCCCGGAGCCCAGCAUAGCGGUCUCGUUUUCGGAGAGUGCUGUCACCGGUACACGCCUUUUACUCGACGCUGCCACCGAUCGCGAUAUUGGCGUGAAUAGUGUAACGGACGACUAUCGUAUUGUGGCGGGCAAUGUAGAUGACAAAUUUCGUUUGGCUGUGACAACGAACCCCAGCGGCGAUGUGUCGUAUCUGCAUUUAGAGACCACGGGAAAUCUGGAUCGUGAAACUUGUGGAUUUUACCAACUGAAUAUAUCGGCGCGUGAUGGUGGCGAGCCGCCAAAAUAUGGUUACUUGCUCGUUAACGUAACAAUCGUCGAUGUAAACGAUAACCCACCGAUAUUUGACCACAGCGACUACAUUGUCUCGCUUAACGAAUCUGUGCCCCCUGGCACACCCGUGCUGCAGGUGAUGGCGUCGGACAAUGAUUUGGGCGAUAACGCAAAGAUAACAUAUUACUUAUCAGACACCGAGCAACAGUUUACCGUCGAUCCAGAGACAGGCGUCAUAUCUACAACAGAGUUGCUGAAUUGCCCGCAACAAAAUUGCCAGACCUAUGCACGUCCAGGCGCUAGUUGUCCAAAGAGCUGUGUAUUUACAGUUUUUGCACGCGACCACGGCUCUCCACGUCAGGAUGGACGCACCUAUGUCACCGUUAACCUCGUAGACACCAACGAUCAUGAUCCGGUCAUACGUUUCCAAUACUUUCCGCCCACCGGCACGUUUGCUACGGUGGAUGAAAAUGCGGCCAACGGCAGUGUAGUAGCAGCCGUGUCUGUGGUAGAUAUGGACGAAGGUCUCAACGGCGAGACCAGCUUACGCAUCAUAUCCGGUAACGAGCUUGGCCACUUUCGCCUGGAGAAGACACCAUCAUUUGACAUUGUACGCGUUAAUGGCGUGUUGGAUCGCGAGGAAAUUGGCAAAUACAAUUUGACAGUUGUCGCCAUCGAUAAAGGCUCACCGCCGCGUACAGCCACCGCACACCUAAUUAUCCAUGUCAACGAUGUCAACGAUCAUGAGCCCGUCUUUGAGAAGUCUGAGUAUUCGGCUGUGCUCAGCGAGUUGGCACCACCAGGCACGUAUGUGGCCUCCAUUACGGCGACGGACGAAGACACCGGUGUUAAUGCUUUGAUUUCUUAUGAUUUUGUGUCGGGCAACAAUAAACAAUGGUUUGCCAUUGAUCCCUCGUCCGGUUUGAUAACAACGCAGUCAGCUUUGGAUCGCGAAGUGCAAGACAGCGUGGAGUUGAGCAUCUCCGCACGUGAUGGCGGCCCAAAUCCGAAGUGGGCGUACACACAACUCAAAGUGACCAUACUGGAUGAAAACGACGAGGCACCACAAUUUUCACAACAACAAAUCAAUGUGACGCUGAGCGAGAAUACACCACCGCAAACAUUAGUUGCUAUGUUAACUGCAGCCGAUCACGAUCAGGGCACUAACGGCUCAGUGACAUACACGCUGGCGGGCAGUGUAGAGCGCAAGUAUCCGAAACAAUUUGCGCUCGAUUCGCUCACCGGCCAAUUAACGACGCGCAGUGUACUCGAUCGUGAGACAAUUGCGCAUUAUGAAAUUUUUGUGAUCGCACGCGAUCAGGGCGCACCACCACAAUCGGCCACCGCUACUGUUUAUCUGCAAGUGGAGGAUGUCAACGACAAUAGCCCUGUAUUCUAUCCCAGUCAUUAUUUUUAUGCGUUGCCUGAUGAUGCGGGCGACAACAACAACCAUCACAAUAACAAUCAGCACCACAGCCAAAACCAGGUACUGUUGAAAGUCACUGCCAGCGAUCGUGAUGCGGGCGAUAAUGCCUUAAUUACCUACCAACUGGAGUCAGGUGGCGAUGGGCAUUUCGUCGUCGAUACUUGGAGUGGUGCGAUAACGUUGCGCGCCGGCGGAAGCAGCGAUAUACGCCAGUCACCGAAAGCAUUGUACAAGUUGAAGAUUUCGGCAAAGGAUCGCGGUGAACGGCGCAGCGAGCAAGAUGCUUCGGUUGAGAUUGUGUUGCAAUCCAAAAUGGAGUUGCUCGAGUUCGACUCAUACGGCAGUUAUGAGUUUCAAAUUGUAGAAGAUCAUGGGCAAGAACAGGCGGUGGUGGGACGUGAGACGUUACGUGAGGUGGGUCGGGUUCAGGUGAAGUCACAUGCUGGCAAAGCGACAUUACCACCCAACAUUGAGUACACGAUUGUUUACGGCGAUGAGGAUGGGAAUUUUGCAGUGGAUCGCCGCACUGGUCGCAUACAAACGGCGCACCGCAUUGAUCGUGAAGCGCUAGCGCAAUAUCAGCUCACUGUGAUGGCGCGCACUGGGCUGGCGUAUGGCAAAUGCACUGUGAAUGUUGCAAUCGCUGAUUUGAACGAUAAUGCGCCGAUCUUUGCACAAGAUCGUGACGGUGAGAUACAGUUGACCGAGAACGCGGCUGUCGGUCAAGAGGUUUACUUGUCACGCGCACGUGAUCGCGAUUCGGGUAUGAAUAGCCGUAUCACCUACACGCUCACCUACAAUCCGGACGAGCAGUUUCGUAUUAGCGAAGCAACGGGCGUACUCCAAUUGCAGCGACCGGUGCGCGCCGCACCCGGUACGUUGUUACAUGUCGAGUUGAUGGCCACAGAUGGUGGCACGCCGCCACUGUCAACGCGACACACCAUCGACGUGCUCAUCGCCGAUGUCAAUGAUCAUACACCUGUGUUCGAUCACACAUCCUACGAGACAUCGUUGAGCGAGGCGACCAAGGUGAAUGCGCGCUUCUUUGCGCUGGCCGCCAGUGAUGCGGAUUUGGGAGCAAACGGGCGUAUCUCAUACGACAUAAUCGAGGGCAAUGCAGAGCGGAAAUUUGGUGUCUUUCCUGAUGGUUAUUUAUUUGUGCGCGCGCAGUUGGAUCGCGAGGAACGCGACUAUUACGCGCUUACAGUGGCAUGCCGUGACGGCGGUGUGCCGGCGCGUUCGUCUGUGGUGCCGGUAAUCAUACAUGUCAUCGAUGAAAACGACAAUGCGCCACAGUUCACAAAUAAUACCUUCACCUUUAGCAUCGCCGAGAAUGAGCCGGCCGAUUCGUUUGUCGGCAAGCUGACGGCGAUGGAUCGUGACAUUGGCCGCAAUGCGGAGUUGAUUUAUACGCUAGCAACGCAAGAGCAGGACUUUACCAUUGAUAUGCGUAAUGGUUUCAUAAAGACGCUGCAUCCAUUCGAUCGCGAAGAGUUGGUGCAGCGACGCAGCAGCGUUGGUGUAGGUGGACCAAUAAGUGGGCAGACGGCGAACGGCGCACUGGUGGGCGGCUUAGGCGAAGGCAUUAACAAUGGCAAUAACUAUUUACUUUUGGAGGCCAUUGUCUCGGAUAAUGGUGUGCAGCGCUUGCACGACAAGGUCAAGGUGAAGAUAAUCAUUACGGAUGUCAAUGACAACGCGCCGCAGUUUGUACGUGCGCCAUAUCGAGUGCAGGUCUUAGAGAAUUCUGUUGUGGGCACGCAGUUAAUGCGUGUCUACUCGGUGGAUGCGGAUGAAGGGUUGAAUGGUGACGUUUACUAUUCACUGGUUGAUGGAAACGAAGAGGAACGCUUUAUUAUGGACGAUGCGACGGGUCAGUUGUCUUUGGCACGUUUACUAGAUCGCGAACAACAGGCGACCUACAAGUUGACUGUUGUGGCGCGCGAUGCAGGCUUAAAAGUGCAACUGAGCACGAAUACUACCAUCACUGUUGAGGUGUUGGACGAGAAUGAUGUUGCGCCUGAGUUCGCGCAGACAGCCAGUGAAGUUUCGGUACUAGAGACGAGUAGUAUUGGUACUGAGCUGAUGCGCUUCCGUGCAACUGACUCGGAUCUGGGCGUCAACAGUCAGGUGACCUACAGCAUAGCAGGUGGUAAUCGUAAGGACACAUUUCACAUCGAUGCCAUCUCGGGCAGUUUGUACUUGCACAAGCCACUUGACUAUGAGGAGACCACAGUUUAUCAUCUGAAUAUAACCGCAGCGGAUGGCGGUACACCACGUCUAUCGAACAGCAUUGUUUUCACCGUGAAUGUGGUGGAUGAAAACGACAACCCACCCAGCUUUCCAAAUACAGCUAUAGUAAGACAAAUAAAGGAAGGCAUUGCAGUGAAAACGCCCAUUGUUACAGUCACCGCCGAGGAUCCGGACUCCGGUUUGAAUGGCAAAGUUACCUACGCCAUCACUAAGCAGGAUCCCGAGCAACCCGGUGGCCGACACUUCGGCAUCAAUACGGUCACCGGCGUUAUACAUACACUACGCGAAAUCGACCGCGAGAGCAUCGACACCUUCCGUCUGACUGUAGUCGCCACCGAUCAAGCCGAAUUACCCGAACCACAACUCUCCGCUGAGAAACUGGUUACAGUGAUCGUGGAGGACAUCAAUGACAACGCACCGAAUUUCGUUUCAAUGAAUGCCGCCAUUUUACCAAUGCAAACGGCGACCGCACAGAGUCACUACUAUCGCGACGGCCUGCCGGUAAUGCAUGUGCAUGCACGCGAUGCCGAUUCCUCCAGUAACGGGCUGGUUACCUACGAAAUGGUUAGCGGCAAUACGGAUUUGUUUAAACUGCAUCGCAAUACUGGCGCGAUAACUCUGCGUAAAGUAAUCGACCAGCCUGAGGUGCGUUACCAGUUGGCUCUCAAGGCCACCGAUGAGGCGGUGCAGAGUGAGCGUAAAAGCACCGAUGCGUACAUAACGAUCAUAACGACGGGCACGGCGUCGGGUCCCGCUUUCGAUCAGCGUGAACAGAGCGGUUCGGUGUAUGAGAAUGAGCCGACCGGUACGAGUAUUUUGACAGUUAGUGCGCGUCUAGAUGGCGCUGAAAUCGAAUAUUACGUAACGAAUGUUACGGCUGUCGGUACGCCGUGGGGCGCGAGUGCGGUGCAACAAGUCGAUCGUCUCUUUGAUAUUGACACCAAACUAGGCAUAUUAUCCACAGCGAAAGAGUUGGACCGUGAAGCAGGGCCGGAUACCUAUGAAGUGGAGGUGUACGCAAUUGCAUUGGGUGGUGCGCCACGCACAACGAGUACUAAGGUCACCGUCAAAGUAUUAGAUAAAAACGAUAGUCCGCCAGUAUUUCGUGACACACCGCUCUCUUUCAAUGUUAGCGAAGACUUGGGCGCCGGUCAUCACGUUGCCACGAUACGCGCCACGGAUCCCGACACGCUGGGUACGCUUAUCUUCAGUUUGAUUGGCGGUGGUGAUGAGAAAUUUCUAUUGGAACCUGAGACUGGUCGCUUGUAUUUGAAAGAUGCACUCGAUCGUGAGUUGAAGGAUAAAUAUGUAUUACAAUUGCGUGUUGGUGAUGGAGUGCAAAGCACGGAUACGACAGCAGAAAUUUCGGUCACCGACACCAAUGAUAAUCCACCGAUUUUCGAUGAACCUGUUUACUCUUUUGACAUACCCGAAAACGCCCCACGCGGCUAUCAAGUUGGUAUUAUUGCCGCCACCGAUCCGGAUUUGGGUGAUAAUGCGCUCGUUUCAUAUACCGUAAUUUCGGAUUGGGCCAAUGAUGUAUUCAGUUUGAAUCCACAAACGGGCGUAUUUACACUGACAGCACGUUUAGAUUAUGAAGAGGUUCAGCAUUACAUACUCGUAGUGCAAGCGCAAGAUAAUGGACAUCCCAGUCUCUCGACCACAUUGACUGUUUAUUGCAAUGUUUUGGAUUUGAAUGAUAAUGCGCCCAUAUUUGAUCCGAUGAGUUAUUCGAAUGAGAUUUAUGAAAAUGUAUCGAUUGACACACCGAUUGUAACAGUCACAGCGACGGAUAUUGACUCAGGCGAUAACGGGCGCAUCGAGUACGCGAUUACGUCGGGCGAUGAUAAUAACGACUUUGAAAUUGCUGCCAACGGUACGAUACGUACACGCCGUGAACUUGAUCGAGAAGCGAAAAGUUCAUAUAAUUUAAUUGUAACCGCAAGAGAUUGUGCUAAGGAAUUUCCAACAACAGCAACAACAGCUGUGGCUUAUAACGAAGGCGCCGCUGAGCAACAACAACAACAGCAACAGCAAAGUCAACAGCAACAGCAACAGCAACAGCGACGUCAACGUCAACACCGGCAGCAACAAUAUGUAGAGCAACAACCGCAACAACGUCUAUCAUCAACAGUACAGGUCACAAUCGUUUUGAAGGACGUCAACGAUGAAGCGCCCACCUUUACCUCGCCGAAUGACACAUCCGUACUCGAGAACAUCGCACCCAACACCGUCGUUAUGGUCGUCAAAGCUAUCGAUCGCGACGAGGGACGCAAUGGUUACAUCGAAUAUUUGCUCGAUGGCAAGAAAACGACCAACAACAAUGCCGAUUAUGAGGACGAAAAUACGAUACCCUUUACUUUAGGAUCCGUAGAUGGUCUACUACGCGUCGCCGGUCGUUUGGAUCGCGAGCUCCGCGCUAGUUACGUGCUCAACGUGACCGCUCGAGAUCGUGGCGAACCACCACAGUCCACGCAAACGCAGAUAACCGUACGCAUAUUGGACGAAAAUGACAAUAGUCCCGUCUUUGAUCCCAAACAGUAUUCGGCCUCGGUGCCGGAGAAUGCCAGUAUCGGCGCAAUGGUGUUGCAAGUAGCUGCGACUGAUAUAGAUGAGGGCGCCAAUGGACGUGUACGCUUCUCCAUAGCUGCUGGCGAUGAUAAUCGCGACUUUAGUAUUAGCGAAGACUCAGGUGCGGUGCGCGUUGCCAAGAAUUUGAAUUAUGAGCGUAAAUCGCGUUAUGUGCUAACGGUGCGCGCGGAGGAUUGUGCUGGCGAUGUUGUGGCAGCCGUCGCACAGCUGCAGGUGGGCGGCAAAGUGGGCGCAACGAGUGGUGCGAGUGUUGGUGGCGGCAGUGGUAAUGGUGUCGGCGUUGGUGGUGGCGGCGGCGGCGGCGGUGGCAUUGGUGUGACGAGCUCUAUUGGACUGGCCAAGCAUGCUGUGGAGCAGCGUGAGACGCGCUACGACACCGCCGAACUGACGAUCAUCAUCAUGGACAUCAAUGACAAUCCGCCCACAUUCCUGCACUCCCCCUAUCUGGCCUAUGUCAUGGAGAAUAUAAUACCGCCUAAUGGCGGCUAUGUGCUGACAGUGGAGGCCUACGAUGCUGAUACGCCGCCGUUUAACUCGCAAGUGCGCUACUUUCUGAAGGAGGGCGAUACAGAUCUAUUUCGCAUAAAUGCAUCGACAGGCGAAAUAUCGUUGCUGCGGGCGCUCGAUCGUGAGGCGAAGGCUGAAUACACGCUAACGCUGGUCGCCAUGGAUACAGGUUCUCCACCACUCACCGGCACCGGCAUUGUGCGCGUCAUUGUCCAAGAUAUGAACGAUCAUAGUCCGGAGUUUGCGCGCCCCUUUUAUUUGGCUAGCGUACAGGAGAAUCUACCCACCGGCACUAAGGUACUACAGCCCGUGGCGACAGAUAAGGAUAGCGGCGCUAAUGCCAAGUUGCGCUUUACGUUGCUCGGUGAGAAAAUCGACAAAUUCCAUAUCAACUCGGAGACGGGUGAAAUCACCACAGCCACUGUACUUGAUCGCGAAGAUACCGCUGUGUACUAUCUAACGUUGAUGGCGCAAGACAGCUCAGCGACGGAGCCACGCGCAAGCGCGGUCAAUCUAACAAUCACUGUGCUGGAUGUUAACGACAAUACGCCCAGUUUUAAUGCGGCUAGUUUUAAUGUGAAUGUGCCCGAUCGCAUAAAGGCGGGUGAGUUUGUGUUUGGCGCGCGUGCAACCGAUUUGGAUGAUGGCGUGAAUGCGCUGAUUUCGUACAAUAUAAGUGGCAAGGAUAUUGAUAAGUUCAUCAUUGAUUCGAAGAGUGGUGUGAUUAAGGCGAAGCUGCCGUUGGGCGCUCGUGAAAAUACGAGUUUCGACACUAUCUAUAGCAUAGUACUACACGCUAUCGAUCAAGGCGCCGAGUCGAGAUCAUCGAGCGCAGACCUCACUGUGCUAAUACGGCCGGGCAUACUCUUUCCGGUCUUCUCCUCACUGGCAAAUACACAAUUUAUGUUGUCCGAAGAUGUGCUGGAGGGCAAGGUUAUAACGACUAUCGCUGCGGAGUCGCCGAAAAAGGGUGCCGCGGGUAAAAUCAGGUAUGCCAUUGCGGGUGGCAAUAUUGGUGCAGCUGUGUACAUCGAUGCCAGCACCGGCGUUGUGACGGUCGGUAAGGAUGGGCUGGACUAUGAAACUGCGCAUACUUAUGAGAUAUGGAUAGAGGCCUCAGACUCGGAUCAACCACGUUUACGCAGCGUUAUGCCGCUCACCAUCAAUGUUACGGACGCAAAUGACAACGCGCCUGUUAUAGAUAAGAUGACCUACUAUGCGGAGGUACUUGAAGAGGAACCACCACCGCAAUUCAUUGUAAAGGUGCAUGGCACCGAUCGCGAUUCAGGCGAUAAUGGCGAACUGUCUUAUCGUCUGGUCGACGAUUUCGAAGGCACAUUUGAAAUCGACUCGGACUCUGGCGAAAUUUACACCACAAUGCGUUUGGAUCGUGAAGAGAUCGGCUCAUAUGAGUUGCUUGUGGAGGCGUUGGAUCAAGGAAUGCCACCAUUAACCGGCACUGCCACGGUGCAAAUAACCUUACUGGACAAAAAUGAUAACCCACCGAAGUUUACACGUCUUUUUUCGGUUAAUGUUACAGAGAAUGCCAACAUUGGAAGCUUUGUUAUACAAGUCACAUCCUCGGAUCUGGAUAUAGGUGCUAAUGCGAAUGCUACGUACAGUUUUACGGAAAAUCCGGGUGAGAAAUUCAAGAUAGACGCCAUCAGUGGCAAUGUGACGGUCGCUGGUUAUCUGGAUCGCGAGCAGCAAGACGAGUAUUUGUUGAAGAUAGUCGCCUCCGAUGGCGCUUGGCGCUCUGAGACACCCAUAACGAUAACCGUACAAGAUCAGAAUGAUAAUGCGCCCGAGUUCGAGCACAGCUAUUACAGUUUCAAUUUCCCGGAGCUGCAACGCUCCGUUGCUUUCGUUGGACAAGUGAUCGCUACCGAUCGCGAUAAGCAAGGACCGAAUUCGCUCAUCUCAUACUCACUUCAACAUCCAUCCGAUCUAUUCACCAUCGAUCCUGCGACCGGUGAGAUUCUGAGCAAGCGCACAAUGAAGUACAAACACUCGCAACACGAGAGCUCACCGGAAAAUAUGUAUUCAAUGAUCGUAUUGGCCACCGACAAUGGCAAGCCACCGCUGAAUUCAGAGUGUCUGGUGAAUAUCAAUAUCGUAGACGCCAACAACAAUCCACCGAAAUUCGAAAAGUCCACUUACCUCGCGCCAGUGCCGGAGCAUGCUGUGAGCGGUCUGCGCAUACUGAAGGUUCACGCUGUGGACGCACUCGACUAUGGCGUAAACGCUGAAAUCGACUACGUGCUGUUGAAUGGCAAUGCGUCCGAUUACUUUACGGUGAGCAAGCAUGAUGGUUGGAUUUCUGUAACGAAAGCACUCAACGUGAAAGCGAAUACCGCGUUCGUGAUCACAGUGCGUGCUACGGAUCGUGGUGUUCCACCACUGGCAGAUGAGACCCGUGUCAAAAUCGUAGUAACUGGCGAGAACAAACAUGCACCCAUGAUCAAUGCGCUCAGCCACCAGGUUAUAGUGCCAGAAAACGAACCGAUUGGGUCCACCAUACUUACGGUUACUGCGUCAGACAAAGACGAGGGUCCAAAUGGCAUGUUGACCUACUACUUCUCCGGUGGCAAUGAGCGCAAAGAGUUCAAUAUAAAUAAGGAAACUGGCGCUGUGACGAUACUACAGCCUUUGGACUACGAUCUCAUACAGGAGUAUUAUCUUAACAUAACCGUUGAAGAUCUGGGCUAUAAGCCCAAGAAGGCAGUAGCAAUGCUUACUGUAAUCGUAACGGACAUCAACGACAACCCGCCGCUUUUCAACCAGACAGAGUAUCACGCCUUCAUUCCCGAAAAUCGACCACCAAACACAUUUGUUUUCAAGGCGCAUGCGACCGAUAAGGACUCGCCAAAGAAUGCCAUCAUACGCUACACCAUCACCAGCGGCACGGGUAAGAAUCUGUUUAAGAUCAAUUCGAGCACGGGUGAGAUCGUUUCCUCGGUGACAUUCGACUACGAGGAAAGACGCGAUUACAACUUGCAAAUAAUGGCUGCUAACCCAGACACACCCAUGCACAGCACCGCUAUGGUUAUCGUGCACAUCACCGGUGUCAACGAGUACUACCCACAGUUUGUGCAACCCGUUUUCCACUUCGAUGUGUCGGAGUCGGCAGAGGUCGGCACCUCCGUUGGCUCCAUACAAGCAACCGAUAAAGACGCCGGCGAGGAUGGCAAAAUCUACUACCUAUUAGUGGGUUCCAGUAACGACAGAGGUUUCUCCAUCAAUGCCAUGACAGGAAUAAUGUACGUAUCACGGCACCUUGAUCGCGAAACACAAAACCGUGUUGUGCUUACCGUUAUGGCGAAGAACUAUGGUGGUAUACGCGGUAAUGACACGGACGAGGCGCAGGUUAUCAUCUCCAUACAGGAUGGCAAUGAUCCACCGGAGUUCUUGAAGCCACUGUAUACCACACGCGUCUCAGAGGCAGCACCGGUCGGCACGAAGAUCGCCAACGUCAAGGCCGUGGACAAGGAUGUGCGCAUGCAAAACAACCAGUUCAGCUACUCUAUUAUCAACGGCAACUUAAAUCAAACAUUCAAAGUCGACCCAUUCAGUGGCGACAUAGAAACUGCGCGUGCUUUGGAUCGCGAGACCGUGCCCGUAUUUAGUCUAAUUGUAGGCGCAAUCGAUACUGGCGUGCCACCACAAACAGGCACUACAACGGUGAAAAUCGAGCUCGAGGAUGUAAAUGAUAAUGGUCCUAUCUUCGAGGCCAGUGGCUUGACUGGUUAUAUCUCGGAAAAUGAACCGGCGGGCACUUCUAUAAUGACGCUCGCCGCCAGUGACCCAGAUCUGCCACCGAAUGGCGGUCCCUUCACUUACUAUCUCGUUGGGGGUAAGCACAAAGCUUUCCUCACAAUCGACAAACACUCCGGCCUAGUGAAGUCAACGAAAAGCUACGAUCGUGAGGCCACACCCACAUUGGAGGCUGCCAUCGAAGUUGAGGAUAAUGGUGAGCCAAGACAACGAGCACAACACGUGCUCACAAUCAAAGUGCUCGAUCAGAAUGAUAGCCCAUCUACGCCGCGUAUGGUGCAUGUGCUACUCAACACGUAUAACGACGAGAUACCAAUCGGUAAAGUAGCGGAUGUGCAUCCCAACGACCCGGACAUCACUGGUGACUAUAGAUGUAAGAUUUUGGCGAAUGCGCAGUCCAGUCCGCUCGGUGUGCUCACAAUACCCAACGCUUGUGACCUGCACACAACGCACAAGACGUCCGUCAACGGUUACUCAUACACCGUUUCGGGUAAUGAUGGUAAACACAAUGACGUUGUAUCCACUGUAACCUUGGGCUUUCAGAACUUCGAUAGUGACGCGGUGGCGCAAUCUGUGACCUUGCUGGUGUCUGAAAUGACAGCAGAACACUUCCUGAGCACGCACUACCGCAACUUCUUGGAACUACUUAAAUCGGCAUUUGAGCCCAGCGAUGAGCUGUUACUUUACAGUAUACGCAAUACAGGUGCAGAGGACGGUGAUCUAGAGCUAAUACUAGCAGCGCGCAGCUCGAAUCUGGCCUAUCGCACGCCGCGCUAUAUAAUCGAGCGUUUGAACAAGAAGCGCGAUUCAAUGGAUCGUCUGCUGCAAAAUUCUGGUGGCGUUAUAAUCGGUUACAGUCCUUGCACUGCAGCCACAGCAGGUGCCUGCGAAAAUGGUGGCAUGUGUAGCGCCGAGAUACGCGUGCAGGAAAGCUUACACUCUCUGAACAUCAUAGACAGUCCAUCGCUCAUCUUCAGUGGACCACGUGUCUCACACGACUACAGCUGUAAAUGUCCAGAUGGCUAUACAGGCCAACAGUGCGACAAGCAACAGGAUCCCUGCUCGCCAAAUCCGUGCGAAGCGAACGCUCAAUGUCGACGCAUUGCCUACGACUUUCAGUGUAUUUGUCCGCCGAACCGUGAAGGUAAAAACUGCCAGCUGCAACGUGGCGAUGUAUGUUCCAGCAACCCCUGUCGUAAUGGAGGCUCGUGCAUGCACAGUCCCGAUGGCGCUUCAUUCUUCUGUCUCUGCCGCCCUGGUUAUCGCGGCAAUCAGUGCGAGCAUGUAUCCGAUUCAUGCCGCCCCAACCCCUGCUUGCAUGGCGGACAGUGUGUCAGCUUGAAACCAGGCUAUAAAUGCAGCUGUGCGGAUGGUCGCUACGGCAGACACUGCGAGCGCGCUACAUUCGGUUUUCAGGAGCUCUCCUACAUGUCGUUUCCCGCGCUGGAUGCAGCAACUAAUGACAUUUCAAUUAUCUUUGCCACAACUAAGCCGGAUGGUUUGCUACUAUACAACUACGGUAUGCAGACGGGAGGACGUUCAGAUUUCAUCGCGAUUGAGAUUGUGAAGGGUAAGGCGUUCUUCUCCUUCGGUGGCACACGCACUGCUAUAACAACCGUCGUAGUGAGUGCGAAUAGCAAAGAGAGCUUGGCGGACGGUCAGUGGCAUAAAGUAACUGCCACACGCAAUGGGCGCGUCAUGUCGCUGAGUGUGGCCAAGUGCACGGAAAACGGCGAUGCGUGCGAAGACUGUCGACCUGGUGAUGCUAAUUGCUACGCACAGGAUGUGGGUCCAAUUGGUACUUUGAACUUCAACAAGCAACCGCUACUCAUUGGUGGACUCGCAUCCGCGGAUCCGGUGCUCGAGCGUCCCGGGCAAAUUCACACAGACGACCUUGUUGGUUGUGUGCACAGCGUAUCGGUGAACGGACGCGCCUUGAAUUUGACCAACCCACUCAAACAACGUGAUGUGCUGCCCACCUGCAAUCGCAAUGCUAACGGCGGUCCGUGUCAGCGCAGUUUACCCAAUGAUCCGGCGCUCUCACUUUGCGGCGACUUCGGUACUUGCAUGGAUCGCUGGCACACAGCGAUGUGUCAGUGUGGCGCCAAACUGCUCUCUCCAGAUUGUUACAGCUCUUUGGACCCCAUCACCCUCACGAAUGGCGCUUUUGUAGAAUUCAAGAUAUCCGAGAAGCAUCGUCGCAUGCAACUCCUGGACAACUUGUAUGCUGCCAGCAAUAUAUGGUCAUACGAUGUUGCACGCCGCAGACGCUUCACUGUGAAUAGCGACAACUUAACUGCCUUGGCUCAAGUUAUUGACCUGCCAAAGUCUAUGAGUGUGCUCUUCCGCACCUACAAAGAGGAUGGUUUGAUAUUAUUUGCGGCCACAAAUAAACAGUACACCGCCGUUGAGCUGAAGUCCAGCCAGUUAGUGUACUACUCCAAGCAGAACAGCGUUGUGAAUAUGACCAUCCAACAGCCGGAUAAAUUGAACGACGGGAAGUGGCAUAAUCUCACACUCUACACCUCGAACCGUGUGCUACGUUUGCUGAUAGACGGCAACAAGGUGGGUGAUGAGCUUGAUUCAGCCGGCGUUCAUGACUAUCUGGAUCCAUAUUUGACGGUGCUCUCCAUAGCAGGCGUGAGACGCGAGCACUACCCACAAGAUAGUACGCCCGCCAACUUCGAGGGCUGCAUUGCCAAUUUCACAAUCAACAACGAAGUGCAGCCCUUCAACGGCUCAGGCAGCGUCUUCAGUGAGGUACUAAUGCGCGGCAAAGUGGCUUAUGGAUGCACGGGCGAUUUGGGUAUUGGCGCAGCACAAGCCUCCGAUCCGGUCAGCAUCGGUAUUACACUCGUGAUUGUCUUCUUCGUGAUACUUGUUGUUGCAAUUUUGGGUUCUUACGUCAUUUAUCGCUUCCGUGGAAAACAAGAGAAGAUUGGCAGCUUAAGCUGUGGCGUGCCUGGCUUUAAAAUGAAGCAUAGCGGUGGCGCUGCAACUUCGCAAAAUCAAGCAGAUCAUGUGUUGUCCCGAGGUAGAGGUGUACAUGCAGGCGAUGGACCAGUCAGCUAUCACGUAGACAGUGGUGACUUAAUACGCGGCGUAGGCGGUCAUCAUAUGGUUGGACCUGAGCUUAUUUCGAAGAAGUUCAAAGAGCGAGAAAUCAAUUCCAAUGAACAUCAACAGCAGCGGCCACAACGUCCAGAUAUCAUCGAGAGAGAGGUGGUUAGCAAGAGUCCGCCACUACGUGACGAACAUCAUCCACCGAUACCACCGCCCAGUCAAUCGCACCAUCCGCACGACCAUGCCAGCUCCGUUGACUUGGGUUCGGAGUAUCCUGAGCAUUAUGACCUGGAGAAUGCAAGCUCGAUAGCACCAUCAGACAUUGACAUCGUGUACCACUACAAGGGGUAUCGCGAGGCAGGUGGCGUACGCAAAUAUAAGGCGACACCAGCACCCGUCGCCUCCUACACGCAUCACAAGCACCAGGCGACGGCCACACAACAACAGCACCGGCAUUCACCACGUCACGGCAUCGGUGUCGGUGGUCCAUUCGUGCCACGUGUGCCACCACAAACUAGUCAACCACCACCACCCACAAGCACACCACGCCCACAUCAGAGCACACCAUUAGCGCGUCUCUCACCCAGCUCCGAAUUGAGCUCGCAACAGCCGCGCAUACUUACACUGCACGACAUCUCCGGCAAGCCGCUGCAAAGCGCGCUACUCGCCACCACCUCCAGCUCGGGGGGUGUCGGCAAGGACGCGCUGCACAGCAAUAGUGAACGCAGCUUAAAUAGUCCCGUAAUGUCACAAUUAUCCGGCCAAAGUUCCAGCGCGAGUCGUCAAAAGCCCGGCGUUUCAGCGCAAUCGCCAGCACAAGCGCCCAUUGGACUGACGGCUGAAGAGAUCGAACGUCUAAAUGUGCGCCCACGCACAUCCAGCUUGGUGUCCACACUCGAUGCGGUAUCCUCCAGCAGCGAAGCGCCACGUGUACCCGGCGGUGCACAUCACAUAGCGCUUGGUGGCGGACUGCACAACACCGAUGUGGAUGCGCACAGUUCCAGCUCAACCGAUGAGAGUGGCAACGAUAGUUUCACUUGCUCAGAAAUCGAGUAUGAUAAUAAUAGUCUGAAUGGUGAUGCAAAAUAUCCCACAAGCAAGGCGGUGCCGGAUGAUCGGCAAGAACGCAACGCGGUGGGGCGAGCAAUGAGCGGUGACGGCGUCGGACCGAGCAUGGGUAAAGUGCCGCCAAUGCCGCCACAUUCAUACGACGGCUUCGACUCGUCCUUUCGUGGCUCACUCAGCACUCUAGUCGCCAGCGACGAUGACAUCUCCACACGUAUGGGUGGCAUUUAUCGACAAUUAAACGGGCCGGGCUCACCAUCACAGCCGAGCUUGGGUUGGAAUUAUCUGCUUAAUUGGGGGCCGAAUUUCGAGAGUUUAAUGGGUGUGAUAAAAGACAUCACCGAGCUGCCAGAUGCGGUGGGCGAGCAGCAGCAACUGCAGUCAACGCUUUGUAUGCCUGGAAAUACACAAAAGAACUCUGAGGAAUAUGUAUGAUUGCUUGAAGAGGGAAUGGGGGAGGAGUAUAGGUAGCAUAGGGUAAGCUAAGGGAUAUGAGAUUUUCCGUAUGUGAGAAAGUAAAAGCUAAAUACGUGAUGUAGUGUAUUUGUAUAGCUUUAGCAAAUAGUUUUAUUUUUCUUUUUAGUUUUUUAGUUUAUUUAAAGGGAAAGUUAUAGAAUUUACUGCCAUUAAUUAGGACUCUCAAAAGGGAAGGAAUACUGUAAUUACUUAAGGAGUCUAUUUAGGAUUUUCGCCUCUAUCGUGGCGAUUUAGAAAUUUUAAAAUGUAAUUUUUAUUUCGAAAAAACGAAAUUUACAAAAAUAAGUUUAUAAAAAAAUUUCUAAAAUUAUGAUGUCUUCCAAUACCACCUUCUGUAUUUAUUUAAUAUUUGUUGAUUUUAUUACCGUUAUCUAAACUUAAAAAAAAAUCAUUUUGUACAGCAUUGAUUUGAAAAUUGUUUAUAAUUCAUUCACUCCUUUUUUACUCCUACUGCCAAAUAUUUGUGAGAAUCCAUCUGUUGGCAAGAUUUAAUGCCUCAGUUUAUUAAUAAUUGGAUAAUUAGAUUUCGCACUUCACACAGCACACACAACACACUCUUAGUACAUAAUCGUAACUUAGACUUCGUAGCUUAAGACCUAAAAUAAUUUCUUAUUAAGACCCAUUGUGUUUUGACGCCUUGUAUCAAGGUCUGUGUCCUAAUUCUAGUAGCGUUUAGUUGUUAGUUUUGCUUUUGUACUAAAUAGAAUAGCCAAGUAGCGCCUAAUUUAAUACUAAAUUAAGUGCUAAUUUAAUUAAUUUCGAUUUAGUUAACCAAUUUAAUUAAUUUAAUGUCCAGUGUUAAGCUUUCGAAUUAGAAAAACUGAAUUUUAAGUACUAGAAAUAAAUUAUUAAAAAAUACGU